CGUGCGAUCUGCUCUACGCGCAGUGAAUCCGCUCGUCCAGCAGCACUGUCGCGUGCCUUUACUUUCCCUACAUCACUGCGUUUGAUCCAGACGGACUAAGCUUGAGAUGCCGCGUAUGUUACGCGCCGCGUCCUCUUCCACCGACUUCUCUCUUCGCGCGCGUUCCAUUUUCCGCAAACGCUCUCCCCGCCAGCAUGGCACCCAGCACGUUUUCUUGACUUUCCUAACUGCCACGAUACCCUUCUUCUCUCACCCCUACAAACUAUACACGCUCCUUCGCCAUCGUCUCGAACGGGUGACUCGACUAUCCCACUCACCAAGCAUUAUAGCUUCUUGCGCUGCAGUGAGUGAGCAGCAUGUCCACUAGACGCAUCGUUGUCCCCCUCAGGCCAGGGUCCGAUGGAGAUGCCACCCACAAGCCGACCUCGCCGUCCUAUUCAGAAGUAAAUCCGCCAACGAUUUACCUCGAGCGGCUUGCCGCACAGUGGAUGCAGGCCAGGGGUGAGGCAGUUCCCGGAAUGAUCUAUAUCUUGGAGCGAUUGCCGGCGGGAUAUGCACUCUUCCAGCGCCCGCGUCCAAAAGAUCAAAAGAUAUAUGAUAAGUAUCUCUACGGCCACCCACAGCACAAACCAUUCGACUCACCGAAUCGCUUCUUUCCCCAUUUCCAAUACAUCAUGGAGAAUGGCGGGAGCAGCCUGGGCUGCCCCUGCACCGUCUGCAACACUAAAGGAGGUGUCCUGCCGAAGACGGGGCUUACCAGCGGCUUCUUCUCGAAAGGCGGCUCCAGUAAAGGCGGCUCCAGUAAAGGCGGCUCCAGUAAGGGCGGCUCGAGUGGAGCAUCUUCACGGACGUCGACCCAGAAAGCCGCCCCGGUCGCGACAGCCCCGGUCGCACCUCAAUUCAAGGGCAGACCGAAGAUGAUUGGGACGGGUAUGGAUACCAGCCGAGUUGAUGAAGAAGGCACGCCUGACGUCUAUCGGAAUCUCAUCGACAAACUCAAACGACAUGGUACGUUGGAUGAAGCUAUUAUGGAACCCAUGAGCCUGGAUUGGAGAGCGGAGCAAGAGAUUCUUCCAGGUGUCCUCUCCAAGAUCAAGAAAGAGCCGCAAUGGGUGCCACGAGCUGGUGAUAUCGUGCUGUACGUCCGCGAGAUGCCAUACAAUGCUACGUUAGUCCGGCACCCCACUACCGGAGUGUACGUGUUCUACGACCGCCACCAGAAGACGAUUCUCGAUGUACCAAGGUGGGAAGCUGGACUCGUGGGCCAGACUCCUGCAGAGGCACUUCAGGAGGGAGAGAAAGAUUUCAGUGUCAGCUAUUCCGGCGUGCGAGUCGAGCCGCUUCCGAGCCCUAAUAACCCCGACAAGAGCCUCUCUAAGAGGUACAAGUACGUUCCAGUUCAUUACACUCGCCCGUUCAACCUGUGGAAAGAAUACCUGGAGCAAGUACCCCAAGACAAUUGGCAUCCGACUAUCAAAAACGCCUUAACGGUUAUGUCGACCAUGUCGCUCGUAGGCAAACAUCGCUUCCACGGAACGUGGCCCGAGGCGCAGAUCCGAUGCCACGGCAUCUAUAUCGGUUCAGAGAUGUUGGCUAUUGGUGAUACCGUUCGCCUUCUGCCGAAGGCGCAUGGCGAAUCGGUCUGCACAGACGUCCUCGUCAUCAAGUCCAUCCGCCUCAAAAUCCUAAACCUGGACAAGGCUUCCACCAACGACUACGAUGAGGGCAGGCCAUACAAUUCUGAGGCAUGGAUCUACGGAGCCGCAUACACGACGGAGCCCUCCCGAUCAAGCAAGGAAUGGCUGACCGAUACGAAGCCUCCAAAAUCCGCGCAGAACUACCCAGAUAUGUAUCCGUUGCAUCCGCCAAACAAAGAAAUUGCAGUCCCCUUCUCGCGCGUCCUAGGCCGUCUUUUUGAGCACGACGCUAUGCUUCUCUGGCUGAACUCCGCGCCGUCACUGGACGAAGGUCGCGAGGGCCUCCUCGAAGCUCGUGCAUUCGGUAGGGCGCACGACAACCGCAUCACGCAAUCCUUCGGCGCGACAUGGUACUGGGGGGACACGCGAUCCGAGGCGCUCGAUCUCCACACCAUUAACGGCCUUGAGGUCGGCAAGUCCGACACUGAGCGGGACCCCGGUGCGUGGCGUAAGAAGAUCAAAGUCAUGGACGGACAGCCAAAUGCACAGGUCAAGCUCGAUGCCGGACACAAAAGUCUGAGGAAUUUCAUGGCACCUGCGACCUCGAAGCUACCCGUCCGACGCCAGAACUUACUGCCCAGCAGCAGCGAUUCGAGCAGCGGCGGAAGUUCCCGGUCGGGCAGGAAGAGGGAGGCUAACGAUGAGAGUAGGAACGAGGAGGAGAUACGCGAGCAGAUGCGUAUCAUCGAGGACGACGGCCAACCAAGCAUGUCGCAGAAGAAGAAAGCGAAGGUCAUGGUCGUCAUCGACUGAGGGGAUUUGUUGUUGCCAGAACUAGACUAUACGUGUACUAUGGUACGAAGGAGAACAACUGUUGCUUACUAUCGCGUCCUGGGAGGGCAGCUGCAGACAUCGGUCUGUCUAGCAUGGAGCAUGUCUACGUUGUCGGAAGGAAGGCGAGUCGGAAAGCUAGGUGGGCCAUGUAUUUCGGCACAGCAUGCGUUGUGGAGCCCACGACUGACUCCGUGGAGAAACAGUGUGCGUGGGGGGAGUUAGUAUACCCUAUGUUUAUAUCGAUGCGUGGUUCAGAGGCAGUCUAGUGUACAUGGCUGGCUCAUUGGAGGCAUGGAAUACCCACAGAGGGCGGAUCAGAUCAGAUCAUUGACUGGCCAUGGUCCUCUGUGUGCACUAGUUCGAGAAAUGAGAUCAAAC